GGGGGUGACUGUCCGGGCACCUGGAGCCAUUUGUGUCGCUCGACCAAGAAACACGGCGCCUCUCCUCCGAGGAGUCAAACUGCUGCUGCUGCUGCUGUUGUUGUCAACAGCUUCCAGUAUAUCUUUGUGUUGAAGGAGAGGGUUGUAAAGCUGGAGCCCGUGGUGAUCGAGCGCCGUGUGCUUUCAUCUGGACACACAGCUGCCCUACACGGGCGUCUGGGGUGGAGGGCGCCACCACCUUCGCAGAAGUCACAGGUGUGAGGGAAUAAAGAGUCAGGAAAUCAUUGCAGUUUGUGUCCUGCUGGCCACGGAGCGGCCUGAAGGUGGAGGCGCGUUCCUGACACAGGAAGCACGUGAGCCACCUCGCGGAUCCAUCCGUUGACUCAGAGCGUUUGUUCCACAUCACGCAGCGCUCUGUGACACCAGUGUGAUUCAUAUGUCACUGCUGCUUUUCUCCAUUGUUAUUUUGCAGCGUGUGACGCCGAAGGUCACAGACCUCGCUCCACCGAAGAAGGCCUUUUUCUUGGUAGAAGCCUGAUGACGCUCACUGCACCAGCAUGUUGUCACUGCUCCAUCUCUGGACCUCCUCCACCGACCCAUGGUUUUCGGCUUCAGAAAUGAUCCCCUUUCUUCCAGAAGCUUUUCUUGGUUUUCAUGGACUUUGUUUUGGAACGGCUUCAAACCCCCUCCCCAGAUCUUACUGCAGUCAGUGCAUCUUCAUGUUUGUGUGGGGCAAAGCUUCCACACGGAAGCGACCGUCGGUGAAGAUGACGUCACCACCGUCACUGGGCGAACGCUCCUGUCGGGAGAGAGGAGCGCAGUGGCCGACUGGAAGGACGGGCCUGAGGGGUCGCAGGUGAAGAGGGCGGAGCCACAUGGAUCAUGCCGGUCAGGGAGAGCAGGACAGCGCCAUCAUGUCCCACCGCUGUGAGGGCCUGUCUGCUGCGGACCUCCUCAGCCAGAACCUCAACCUCUGCCCCUCCAACUCUCUUUCUCUGGAGGAGGACAGAGACGGAGCCGCUCUCCUCACUGGGCCGCCCCUCAACGACAACGGCCACCUGCAGGGGGCGCACCGAGGAUCUGAGGAGGAGGAGGACGACACUGAUGCGCUGAUGAAGGAGGAGGACGAAGAGUCAGACGCUUCCAGCCUGGUUCACUGUCCGUCUCCUGGAACUCCGAUGACUGACUCCUCUUAUUCAGACACAGGAAGCUUGUUGGAGACGGCCUUCAGUCCAGGGACCAGUCCAGAACCGCCCUCCUUCCUGGGCCCUGAGGAGCUGAGACCUUUGACCUCACCGGCGGCCCGGCCCUCGGAGCCCGGCUCUCUGGAGCAGCUGGCUGAGUAUGGGGACGACGCUCAGCUGCCUCAGCGGCUGCACCAGGUGGCGCAGGCCCUGGUCCUCACAGGAGACUACCAGCAGGCCUUAUGCUGCAUCCACCUGGAGAGACUGUACCAUCAGAGAGUGCUGGAGAACCUGCAGGCGCUGCAGGAGCUCUGGGAGCCUCGGUGCAGAGGAGCCGCCCUCAGCACGGACACCAAGCACCUGGAGGCCCUUCAGCAGCUGUGCCGGACUCACAGCCGGCCGAGACUCACACAAGCUCUGCGUCCACACAUGGACUCUUGGAGGCCCACACCUGAAGAAGGAGCCGCGGCAGGUCCAGGCCCUGCAGAGCAAAGACCUGCUGACACCAAGGCGCUCCACGCCUGCGAGGGAGGGAGGGGAGAGGUGGGAGACGCCGUCCCUCCCCUCGCCACUGGCGGAGAGCGGGAUGGGUCUGAGCCUGCUCAGCUGCAGGGAGGAGACUUCGGUCAGGCAGAGGAGAUGGAAGAUGAGGCUGAGGAGGAGACUCUGCUCAGCGGGACAGAAGAGGAGAUCCAGAGGGCCUCAGACAGUCAGCAGGAGGAGCAGAAGCAGCCUCCGUCACAGCCGGGUCAGCAGCUGGAGGAGGAGGAGGAGGAGGAGGAGGAGGAGGAGUCAGACGAUGUGAUGAGAGGAGCCGCCAAACUCGAUGACCUGGCCAGGCUCAUCACCGUGGAGGAGCUGUCGCCAGCCUCCGGCCUGGUCUCCAUCCUGAAGAGGAGAAUUGUGCGUGAGGAAGACGCCAAACCGCCGGCUGCGAGGCGCGUGCGCUUCCAGGUGUCGGACGACGGAUACGAGAGCGAGGUGGGGGGGGGCGACUCCUGUCUGCUGCUGCUCCUGCUCUGCCUGGUCACUGUGGUCAUCAGCGUGGGGGGCACCGCCCUCUACUGCGCCCUGGGGGACCCGCACUCCUCCGUCUGCCUGGACUUCUCCAGGAAGCUCCAUCUCUGCCUCAGCCAGUCGCAGCGCGUGGCUUCCCAGCUCCAGCACUGGCUGCUGCGCCGCUCCUCAUAGCGCCGAGCCGUCCGUCCAGUCCUCAGGUGCCCGGCGUGUCCGUGGACCGCCGGAGCUGGGAGCUGCUGGCCUCGUCCCGCGUUCGUGGAGCUUCACUCAGGAGCCUGUGGUUCCUCAAGGCCUCUCUCUCUCUCUCUCUCUCUCUCUCUCUGGAGAUGUUUCCGUGAUCCCACGAAUGACCUUGGACCCACUCUAAAACCCUCGGCCCUCAACCGGCGCCGGUCCCAGCUUGGACCCGCCCACUUCUUCAGGUGAAUGACUCCUGCUGACUCGUGGUGCGGGCAGAGCGGACGGUGGCCUCCUGGCUGGUGCAGCUGGGCUCCACUCAGGAAACAUAUUGACAGUCAGGCCACGAUUUGCUGGCUUCUUCCAUGAACAAAGGUAAAGUGUGACACUGGGUUGGGAGUUGAACCUGCGGCCGAGUCGUCCACACGUCAGAGAGGGGGCUCCGAUCGUGGCCCUCGUAGUGCCAGCUGCGCUCCGGCCACUCUGGUCCAGUCUGGGCCGGUGUGUUGGUUGGGAGUGGCGCCAGUCGCCUGGCUGGUUCAGACGACUCUUCACAGCCCUGGUGGACCAGGGCGUCGUGUGGGGAUCACCUGUGUUUCUCCAGUCUUCCAACAGCAGUGUGUGUCUUUCUGAAUGUAUUGGAAACACGCGGUGUCGAAUAAAGAAUGUAUGUGCGUGUG